ACCAGCGGCCGUACCACCAGCCGUCAGUCGACGUUUCAUUGGGAACGCGACUGUUUGCGCCAGAACGCACAAUACAAGUUCGCUCCAAUCGAACCGUGGUUCAAUCCGUUCGUACGAACGAGUAAGUGAGUGUUAAUUUUGGGAAUAGGAUUUUGAUAUCGUUGUGUCAUCGUUUUCCUUACGAUCCCUUGAAUGGACUAGUGAAUAGCUGGAUUCUAUAUAAAUAAGUCGUAUAAGCAUGAGUAUAGUUUCUUUGAGGAGAAAUUUAUAGUAUUUUUGCGAUGGCGUCAUUGAAGUCAGUUGUUUGGACAAUUGGUGGGGUAUUGUGUGUUUUGGGGCAGAUUCUGGGAUUGGACAAUGGUCUGGCGCUCACUCCGCCCAUGGGGUGGUUGGCAUGGGAACGCUUCCGAUGUAAUACCGACUGUAAGAAUGACCCUGACAAUUGCAUAAGCGACCGUUUAUUCCGCACUAUGACGGACAUCCUGGUGUCCGAGGGUUAUGCGGCGGCCGGCUAUGAGUACAUCAACGUGGACGACUGUUGGCCGGAAAGGGAACGCGACCCGAGGGGCAGGCUCGUACCCGAUAGGGAGCGGUUCCCGUAUGGCAUGAAGAGCUUGGCUGAUUAUGUGCACAGUAAAGGACUGAAAUUCGGUAUCUACGAGGAUUACGGCAACUUCACAUGCGCCGGAUAUCCGGGUGUCGUCGGCCAUCUUGCUGGCGAUGCGGCGACAUUCGCGGCGUGGGGAGUGGAUUAUGUAAAACUUGACGGAUGUUACGCCCUUCCCGCUGACAUGGACCACGGUUAUCCCGACUUCGGAAGGCAGCUGAAUUUAACCGGCAGGCAAAUGGUUUACUCCUGCAGUUGGCCAGUCUAUCAGAUAUAUGCCGGUCUACAGCCAAACUUCUCAUCGAUAAUCGAGCACUGCAACCUGUGGCGGAACUUCGACGACAUACAGGACUCGUGGGCGUCCGUCGAGUCUAUCAUAGACUACUACGGAAACCAUCAGGACGUGAUCGUGCCGAACGCUGGGCCCGGUCAUUGGAACGACCCGGAUAUGUUAAUCAUAGGCAACUUCGGUCUAUCUUACGAGCAGAGCAAAACGCAGUUUGCCAUAUGGGCAAUAUUGGCUGCGCCGCUAUUGAUGAGCGUCGACCUGAGAACCAUCCGGCCGGAGUACAAGGCGAUCCUGCAGAACAGGAAGAUUAUAGAAGUCGACCAGGAUCCCUUGGGUAUACAGGGACGGAGGAUUUAUAAGCACCGCGGCAUAGAGAUCUGGUCGCGGCCCAUCCUACCCAUCCAGGGGCAGCACUACUCGUACGCGGUGGCGUUCGUCAACCGGCGCACGGACGGGACGCCCUCGGACGUCGCUGUCACGCUGCGGGAGCUUGGCUUGAACAACCCCAACGGGUACCGGGUCGAGGAUUUGUACGAAGACGUCGACUAUGGAGUGCUCUCACCGCAGACGAAGAUCAAAGUGAAAGUGAACCCCUCAGGUAGUGUCGUUAUACUUCGUGCGGACGCGCAGCCAUCGUUCGCAUACAACGCGAUCCCAACGCGAACGCCUUACUCACCACUCAAUGACGUAUUUAGACUUAAAAAAUAGUCGAUAGACAUAAAAGUAGCCACCGCAUUGUUUGAAAGCCAUCUUUUGCUAAAGAACACAACCCCAAGAAUGUUGAAAAAGUGCCAAUCGAAAGGGGUGUUUCAUAUUAGCUAGUAUCUUAAUGUGAUCAAACUCGUAAAACAAGUUAUCAAUGUAAAAAUUUAACUGGGUUUAAUAAACAUUAUACAUAACUGUUAUGAAUUGUCCAAGUGACCUUUUGGGCUUUUUGGGUUGCCAUCACGAAUAUUGUGACGACCUACCAGAUAUAAAUUUUAAAUUUAUAUAACUGUCCAUGAAACAUCCCCUUUUUCAAUAGAUUUCAAUAACAUUAAAAUUCCUAUUAAAGACUAUUGAGGUCUACAAGUACAAUAUAGAGAAGUCUUUAAUCUUAUGUUUGAUUUCUAAUUUUGUGAGUUAAACGCAGCAUGAUGGAUCUCAAAAGUUAACAGUUUGUGCUUUCCUUCUUUUAGGCAGAUCGAGGAUCUUUUUAAGAUAUUUGUGUUCAAUAUUAAAAUCAAUACUUCAUUGUUUAAAAAAUUCAUUAAAUAGUCUCUCUGUUGGAUUUGAACUGGUGUGAUGUUACCAAGUGGGUCUAGCAACUUGCCUAGUUAAAGAUUACUUAUUUAUGAUAUUUGCUACUAGUGUGAUUAUGGACAUAAUAAUGUUGAAUUGAUAUUGCCAUUACGUUGUACUUAGAAUAAGGAUGUACAUUGUAUGUGUCGUAGAUAUAAGGUUUUUUUAGAAAAUAAAAAUAGUUAACUUAAA